AUGGCGCCGGGCAUCAGGGACCUGCAGCUGACGGCGCUCUCCGGUCGGCGGUUACUGGAGGAGGAUGGUGGUGGAGAUUUGGAGGACGUGCGGCUUCUCGAUGCCUACGACCGGGAGGAGAGCGGUCUGGCCGGGGGACAGGAGCUCGCGGCGGCCGGGGAAGGGGAGGUGCGUAGUGUGCAGUUGAAGGUGACGGGAAUGACAUGCUCGGCCUGCUCCAAUUCCGUUGAGGCCGCGCUCACCGCUCUUCCAGGGGUGUCGAAGGCCACCGUCUCCCUGCUACAGAACGUGGCCCGCGUUAUCUUUGAUUCUUCUCUCGUCACGGUUUGUGAUUACUCUCCAUGAAAACCAGGAUAACCUUGUUUUAAUCACGUAUGAGUUACGGGGUCUUCCCCUUUUCUGGAAUUGAGGAUGCCAAGACGUGCUAUCGAAUGGCUGAUAAAGAAAUUGAGUGUUCAUGCUAAGAAAUGGGCGACACUUGACUUGUUGGUUGAUUACACUUGGGAGUUUCCUGAUAUGCUCUGUUUCUUAGUUUGGUCAUCCUCCGGUGUUCGUCGUAGAGUCGAUUUCCUUUAGCUUUACUGAGUUCAGAUUUCCACUGGAGGACAUUUAUUUCCACAUUCCUGUGACGUUUUUCUCAUCUUCAUGUACGUUUGCGACGCUUUACCCUAGUUUUUCUUACCUCACUGAUUUCUUCUGCACGCAAUUUUACUCUUCGGAGAUGACCCUUAUGUUUCUAAUCCUCUGCUCUUCUUCCUUUGGUAUCUUGCAUCUCUGGUUUCGCCACAACAUCACAUCCAUUUUAGUCACUUGUUUAUAGCCUCGAGGGAGGUCUCCUGUCGUUUUUGUAGCAGUAUUGAGUGCCAUCUUUAAGAGAAAAUGGCGUUAAAUAUUCUUGGUUUUGCUCUAGACAAUGAGUCGUAUUGUGCCAUUUUUGACACUACAAUGCUAAACUGUUGAUAGUUCCUAUAAUCAUAAGUUGCAUCUAAUAAAAUUUAUGUAAUCAAGACCACCUAAAGGAAAGUAUUGAUUGAAGUCCCACACUUAUUCCGUCUGUUUUAAACCAAGUACAAGAGUUAGAGCACUUUAUAAGUUAUUUUUUAUUAAAUUUUUUUUCUAUAUUUCUUUGUUAAUAUUUGUCACUGGUGUCCAUUGCAGUGGAUCAAAUGUGAGAAAGAUCAGAUUUCCACCAAUGUCCUUCGGAAUUCAAAAUUUGAGCAAAUAUACCUUAAAAAAUAUUGAAAAAAUUUGAUUCCAUAAAAUAGAUUAUUUUCAAGGUUAUCAUUUCCUUUCCAGGAAUAUUUAUGUAGGAAUUCACUUUUUCACAGUAGUUAAAAAUUAACCUCACCUGUAUGAGGGAGGUUAUAGCCUACUUCAUCUUACAACUUUCAGUGAUCUGUAAAGCUAAUGCGAUCAUGCAUGAUUGCAAGUCAGAGCAUCCUCUCAUCUUGCACAUACUAUCUUGUGCCAUCAGCUAAGGAUGAGCGAUUCCAUAAUGAUCAUCACCGGACAGUUUCUUUGAUAAAAAUGCUUAUUAGUAACCAUCAGCAUCAUAGGGAUGGGAGGAGGUUUAUUUGAACAAUUUAACAUUCUGACGUACAUGCCUUGAUUUCUGAAAGUAAUGCAGUAGCUUUAGGAAGUUUUCUUACUUUAUUAUCUUUACAUUUACCCAUCGAAUCGAAAUAUUUCUAUAAAAUCUGAAAUGAAAAUGUGAGCGGCUCAUGGGAAACUUUCUCUUGAUCAUCCAGACAAAAGUUCCAUAGUUCUCAGAACAUUUCACAAUUAAACGUUUGCUAGUCAAUAGAUUCCCAAAUUAAAAACGUUGUAUGGAUUCUGCAUGGAUUUGAGACUGAAGGAUGGCACUAAAUUGGAAAGAAAAUCAGUGAUAAUAUCAAGACUAACGGUACUUUUUAUGAUCAACUCUCACUGUCCAUGUUCGUUGUCCUUUUGCCUUUCGAAUAGCAGAACCAGUUGUUUGGUGUUUCUUUGGUAUUUGGAACUGAUAAAUGGCUUGAUUUACACAAAUAUGCGGAGUGAAAAAUGAACAUUGCUUGACUAUGCCUGAUGAUUUUUCUUUUUUCAUCCAUGUUUAUCAGUUUUAGACUUUAAUAUUAAUCACCUUAUCUUCUAGAAAAAGUAAUCUACAGUGCUAAAUCAACAAGACCAUAAGUUUAGGUAUUGCAAUUAUUUGUGAUUGCUAACUGCGACAAUUUGACUGCAGGAUGAAGAUAUAAAAUGUGCUAUUGAAGAUGCAGGAUUUGAUGCGGAAGUCCUUCCUGAGCCUGAUAAUUCUCAGUCAAAACCACAGCGGACGUUGACUGGUCAGUUCAGAAUUGGUGGAAUGACAUGCGCAGCCUGUGUAAACUCUGUUGAAGGUAUCUUGAGAAAGUUACCUGGUGUAAAGCGAGCAGUUGUUGCGUUAGCUACUUCACUGGGGGAGGUUGAGUACGAUCCUUCUCUUAUCAGCAAGGAGGACAUUGUUCUGGCAAUUGAAGAUGCUGGCUUUGAUGCUGAGUUUCUACAGAGCAGUGAACACGAUAAAACAUUUUUAUCUGUUGAUGGGCUGAAUAAUGACCUUGAUUUUCAUCUUUUAGAAGGCAUCCUUAUGCAUUUGAAAGGAGUAAACCAGUUUACUGUUAACCGGGAGUGUGCAGAAGUGGAAGUUAGUUUUGACACUGAAAUCCUUCAGCUGAGGUCCAUUGUUGAUUUUGUUGACAAAGAAAGCAAUGGAAGACUUAAAGCACAUGUCCGAAGUCCAUAUAGCCAAACAACUUCAAAUGAUGAACAAGAAGCUUCAAAGAUGUUUCGACUUUUUAUUUCUAGUCUCUUAUUAAGUGUAAGUAUGAUCCUUCACAUGGAGAAAAUGCUGUCGCUUUCAUUGUUAGCUGUUCAGGAUGUUGUGGUUGAAACGGGCUUAUGCUCACAAGGCUUUUCACUCAUUGGUAUUUUAUUCAUACUGUCCAGAAAUCUCGACACAUAAUAAGAAAAAUAUUACUGAAUAUUUCUUAUUAUAUUUUUUUUAUGCCUCAGGUUCCGAUCUUCUUCAUAAGGGUGGUUUGCCCUCGCAUCCAGCUUAUAUCUACAGCAUUGAGCAUGCAAUGUGGACCAUUUGCAUUAACUGACUGGCUGAAGUGGUUUUUCGCUAGCAUUAUUCAAUUUGUUAUUGGAAAGCGGUUCUACAAAGCAGCAUAUAGAGCACUUCGAAAUGGAUCCACAAAUAUGGAUGUCUUAGUUGCUCUAGGAACUUCCGCAUCAUACUUCUACUCUGUUUAUGCCCUUCUGGAAGGUGCAUUCACUGGAUUUUGGCCUCCGACAUACUUUGAAACAAGUGCCAUGCUGAUUACGUUUGUGCUGAUGGGAAAGUAUCUGGAAGCUGUUGCCAAAGGCAAGACAUCAGAUGCUAUCAAGAAGUUAGUAGAACUUGCACCAGCCACUGCACUUCUUCUUGUCAAGGACACAGGUAUUUAAUUUUGCAGGAAGCAAAGACUCCUUAAUCCAUAUAGAAACUUAGCUAAGACUACUAAGAGUUCUUGGAAAUAUAUACUGUUAUUUACUUUAGUUUACUCUCUGGCUGUAUUUGUGAUGAUAAUGGUUAUUCCAAUGCAAAUCCCUUCAUUUUGAAAAACUAUUUCAGUUCCCCUUACUCUUCCCUGUCAGAUCUUUGUUAAAUGUUUUCUGUUUAUAUUUUGUCACAGAGGGAGAGUACAUAAAAGAAAGGGAGAUAGAUGCCCAAUUGAUUCAGCCUGGUGAUGUGUUGAAGGUUAUUCCUGGAUCCAAAGUCCCUGCUGAUGGUUUGGUAGUCUGGGGAACAAGCUAUGUUGAUGAAAGCAUGGUAACAGGCGAGUCUAUACCAGUCCUGAAGGAUAUAUCUUCUGUUGUAAUUGGUGGAACGAUUAAUUUGCAUGGCGUCCUCCAUGUUCGUGCUGUUAAAGUCGGUUCCAAUACUGUUCUUAGCCAGAUAAUAUCUCUGGUUGAGACAGCGCAGAUGUCUAAAGCACCUAUUCAGAAAUUUGCUGAUUUUGUAAGUAUAUUUUUCUUGAUUUUUGUGUUUUUAAUCUGCCUAAAUUUGAAGUCUUGAUCACUCACUUGCUUUACCUUUGAUCUUGAAUUUAGAAUGAAAAAUGAACUUACUGUUCUUGAUUUUAUUUUAUGUCUAUACGGAGGUAGAAAUCAAAAUUAUCAGACCGAAGUUCCUUCAGGAUCUGCAAAACUUAACGAAAAAACAGAAAACAGUCAUCAUUGUCUCUUGUUCUCUUUUAUGAGAAAAGUCUCUAGACUGGGCUUGUAGUAGAUAAAGCCUUUAUGAAGCGGUGAUCUCAUAAUGAAUUCUAUUUGGACCCUGCGUAUUUAGAGGCACGGAAAUUAUUUAUAAAAAUGCUAGCCCAAUAAGUAUGUCUCCUGAAGAUGACAGGUGUACUACCUUGUAGGAAGCAAGCCUAGCACAGUGAUUACUUGUACUAUUUUACAACUUUUAAAACAUCUCAGUGAUUAGUUGACUAUUUUACCACUUUUGGCAUUACGUCCGUAUGGUUACUGUGAAAUUAUCCUUCACUGAUUAUCGGAUGGAAAAUUUUGUAACUUCAGAAGCUGAUUGAACUAAUAGAAUUUAAUUAGAUUACUGUGCCUAAAAGGCUACGAAUUUGUCAGAAUUGUCAAAAUUUGCAUGUACAUUGGAGAAGAAGAAAAGACACUGUUAACAACAUGUUGAUCUCGGGUCUAUCGCUUAGUAUCGUUCUUCUAUAGGAUGGAUGCCUUCGAGGAAAAAAAAAUCAUAUCAUUUCACUCUGUAGGAUUUCUGUUCAACUCUUCCAAUUGAAAUGGACACCCAUAUGCUAACUACAUCAUGUCGUCCAGAGGACAAUCAUGACAACUGCGAUGCAAAUCAUUCCAGACUCUCUUUUUCUCUGGAAAAUCUGCUGUUGGUCUGUGACGCAUGAUGCCUUCGUUAACAAGCACAUUUCAUUGAUGGAUCGCAUGCAUUGAUUGCUUCUAUUUUCUUACCGAUGCUGUACUGGGCAUUUGUCUUCUGAGAUUUGCUUUCAAAUUUACAAGGAAAACUUUUUUAACCUGUUGCUUGAUUUUGUCAGUCUCGGAUUUUGGCAAAAGUAGUGUAUGAUUCCUGAAUAGUGUUAUGAGAAGAUCGAAUCUUUCAAUGCCCACAGUUCAACAUAUCUCCCAACUUCUUGAAAAAAUUGGGAAAGAUAAGGUAACCUCCCAGUUUGAACUUCAGACACAAAUGUGAUUUAUAAAAGGUUUGCUAUGUAGAGUAUUUUUAUUAGGGAUUUUAUACGUUCCCGUUAUUUAACUCAACCUUGGUCCGACCUUAUCCCAUUCCAAAGUCUCAGUGAUAGUUGCGAUAGCAGAAGCUUUACCGGUGACUAGAUGGACAAGCAGAAAGAGGUGGCCGUAGAAGAGGUGACUUGUGAGUGCUGGUACCUGGGGGCACAGGCCUGCCGUCUUAUGUUCCAGUUUUUCUUCAUUUCUUCUUUCUUGUCUGGUCCUUUCCACCCUCCAUCCAAAUGUUAGCACAGCCCAAGAACUUCGUAGCCUUUUUUAAUGAAGUUGAACACAAGAAAAGAAGGCUGAGAGAAAACUUUUGAGCCUUACCGUGAUCGUUGAUAGUACAGACCUGAAUCCUGAAAACAUCCCACUUCCCCUUGGUCCUCUUGCCAUUCAUCAUUCUUAUGCCUCUCUGUUGACAUGAAAAAACUCCAUUUGUCCAGCGGCUAGUUUGUUCAGGACAGUGCAAGCAUCAGAAAUAUUCCUGGGCUUAUGCCUCAACCCGCUCCUAGUGAAGGUACCGGGUUAAUAGUAAAUAUCACACGUGUAAUCACUAUUUUAACGUUCCUAGAGGAAUUACCAAGGUCCAUUACCGUGUGUAUGUGCCUCUUGUUCUUGUUAGUUAGGGCUUGUGGUGGAGAAUUGGAAAAGACAGUAGAAAGAACUGGAGUGAAUUCUAUGUCUUACUAAGGGACGAAUCCCCAGGCCUUCAAUAUCCUUAUUAUGAUAAAUUUCCUACCUUUCUUUCAAAGUUAUGUUUGUUGUAGUGUGUUUGACUAUGCAAUUUGGGUCAAUUGGACGGGCAUGAAUGGGAGCCCGAGAUGCAAAAUAUACAGACUUUAGGGAACUGGGGAAACGUACCCAUGUCAAGAGGAUAGCUGUGAAAGAUGCAGAUUUUUGUGGGUAUAUAGGUAAACAGAUUGAUUUACUCUUUACCUAGCAAUGAGCAAACUUAUUUUUUGAGUUCAUGGGGCUCUCUUUAGUUCAGCGUACUCUUCUGAUAUCGUAAUUUGACAAAACUAAUAUCUGAGUACGGAAACUAAAAUAUAUGGCAAAUGAACGUAGAUGAGUUUUAUAGAAGAUGAUCAUGCCAGGAGUAAAUAUGUGAAAUUGUAUAGUUGACUGGCUUGUGCGUUUGUAUUGAGAGAUUCGCAUGGGCGUACAAAGAUAAUUAGAAGGUUUUAUCAUUCAUUAUCCACCCAUCAGAGAACAUAAUGGUAGACGGUGAUGAAUACUUUAUUUUUAUUUUUAGGUGACCGAUUAAAGUGGAUAUUUUGCCUUCUUCACAUGCCGGAUUCACUUGUAGUUUUGGAAUGCAUUGGUUUUUACCUUUGAAUUGCAAUUUCUUUCAUAUGCCAAAUCCCCAGAAAACUGCAGACUGCUCAUUAGGGAAAACGGCUGCUACUUUGAUUCACUCUGUAAAUCAAUCGAUUAUGCAUUUUCAAACAUAUACACUUGGAGUUGUAAUCGAAUUGCUUUCCAUUUGAAGAUUCCUGGUCAAUUUUUUGUGUACAGUUUCAAAACAAUUCAUCUAGUUUGACAUUUUAGAGUUUUUUUUUAGUUCAAUAGUUUGACCAUCUUUGCAACAGUUACCUGAUCUUCUCUUAUAUCUUACCCGUGUAAUUUCAGGUUGCAAGCAUCUUCGUACCCACUGUUGUCAUCUUGUCCCUCUUGACUUUCCUAGGAUGGUAAUUAUUCCUUACUCUUUGAUGCUGUCUCAACGACUCGGAUCCUCUCGAGAGAUCACAACGUUCUUCUGAUUUCCUCCAGGUUCCUUUGUGGGUCCUUGGGGGUGUACCCGGCGGGAUGGCUGUCUAAGAACAGCAAUUGCUUCGUUUUCUCCCUCAUGUUCGCAAUCUCGGUUGUGGUGAUUGCAUGCCCCUGUGCUCUCGGAUUGGCCACACCAACUGCUGUCAUGGUGGCCACAGGCGUUGGGGCUAACCAUGGUGUUCUGAUAAAAGGUGGUGAUGCCUUGGAAAGAGCUCAGAAAGUCCAGUUUGUUGUGUUUGACAAGACGGGCACCCUCACGCAAGGCAGAGCUUCAGUGACUACUGCAAAAGUCUUUGGUGGGAUGCAAUUGGGCGAUUUUCUUACUCUAGUUGCUUCUGCCGAGGUACCAACCCAAUAUUCUUCUUCUCUUCUGGAGAGCAGCUGUGUCGUGGAUGAACGCUCAAGCCAUUUCUUGUUCUCUCUCUCUCUCUCUCUCUCUCUCACAUCCAGGCCAGCAGUGAGCACCCACUGGCGAAAGCAGUCGUCAACUAUGCGCACCAUUUCCAUUUCUUCAGCCAUCUUCCCGAAGAUAAGCAGCCUGGUAAGGGUGAAAAGUUGGACGCCUUUUCUGGCUGGCUUCUUCAGGCGGAAGACUUCACAGCAUGCCCCGGCAAGGGCGUCCAGUGCACCAUAAGCGGGAAGCGUGUUUUGGUAAGUUUUAUCUGCAAGUAUUUUGAUAUCAUAUGAUAUCAUAUGAUAUUUACGUGGUGCAUGGGGUCUGGACAGGUUGGGAAUCGGAGGCUGAUGACUGAUAGCAGGGUUACCAUACCAAUGGAGGCAGAAGCCUUCUUGAUAGAGCUGGAGGAAAGGACGAAUACAGGUGUUCUUGUGGCCUACGACGGCGCCCUCAUUGGGAUAUUGGGAGUCGCUGAUCCUUUGAAGAGGGAGGCGGCUGUUGUUGUCGAGGGCUUGAAGAAAAUGGGUAUCGAACCCGUGAUGGUGACUGGGGACAAUUGGAGGACUGCAGGGGCGGUCGCAAGAGAGGUCAGUAAACCAUUCCAUGCUCCCAUGCCACGUUAUCUUGGCAGAUUUGGACUUUGGUAAACCCUUCUGUUUUUACUCUUCGUUGACUUCUUUCCAUCACUGAUAAAACUAACAUCAACACCCAUAAUUGUUUUUAUAAAUUACUCAAAAUUUCAGCUCAUAAAGCUCGAACAUGCACUACGAUGUUCCGAUUUCUGUGGUUUCAGUAUCUAUCUAUAUUAUAUUAUAUCCACACGCCUGCUGCUAUAUAUCAUCGUCAUCCUCUUCCGCCUCUGAUGAGAAACGUCGAUGACAUGCAGGUGGGAAUCGAGGAUGUUAGAGCAGAAGUGAUGCCCGCUGGAAAGGCCGAGGUCGUCCGUGCUCUGCAGAAGGAAGGGUAUGUGGUCGCCAUGGUCGGGGACGGCAUCAACGACUCUCCGGCCCUCGCGGCGGCCGACAUCGGCAUGGCGAUCGGGGCAGGAACCGACGUCGCCAUCGAAGCUGCAGAUUACGUGCUGAUGAGGAACAACCUCGAAGAUGUUAUCACGGCCAUUGAUCUCUCGAGGAAGACCUUCAGCCGGAUCCGAUUGAACUACUUCUUUGCCAUGGCGUACAACGUCAUCGCCAUCCCGGUUGCAGCCGGCAUCCUGUUCCCAUUCACAGGGGUCAGGAUGCCGCCGUGGUUGGCAGGGGCCUGCAUGGCUCUGUCGUCAGUGAGCGUUGUUUGCUCUUCCCUGCUCCUGAGAAGAUACAGAAAACCCAGGCUCACCACUCUGCUCGAAAUAACUGUUGACUGA